AUGAGGUCUGCCAGGCUUGAAGAUGAGUAACAGACAGAGAAGACGACAGCAACCUGCCAAAGGGCCCCAAAGGCCACAAAGUUUUGGUAGAUAUGAUGAUGAAUGGAACAAGCAGAUUUCACUUGCUUCUGUGGGAGACCAAGAGCCAGCAGGACAUGGAGCACACGGUACAUACAUGCACUCUCUGCUGAGAAAAAAGCAAGAAACAUCCAUUGACAAAAAUGAAGAUCCAGCUAAUUAUAUUUAUCCUAAUCCUUUGGAGGGAAGCAUUGACAAAUCAGAGCCUAGAUCCAGGCCCUGAGUAUGCAGAUGUGGUAUUUCUGGUGGACAGCUCAGAUCACCUGGGAAUCAAGUUCUUUCCACUGGUGAAAACAUUCAUCAGCAAAAUGAUCAGCAGUCUCCCCAUAGAGGCCAACAAAUACCGUGUGGCCCUGGCCCAGUACAGUGAUGGGCUCCACAGUGAGUUCCAACUCAACACCUUCAGGAGCAGGAACCCCAUGCUGGGCCACUUCAAGAAGAACUUCAGGUUCAUUGGUGGGCCUCUGAAGAUAGGAAAUGCUCUUUGGGAGGCCCACAAGACCUAUUUCUCUGCACCCAGAAAUGGAAGAGACAAGAAGCAGUUCCCCCCAAUUUUGGUGGUCCUGGCUUCAGCCAAGUCUGAGGAUGAUGUGGAAGAGGCUUCAAAGGCCCUGAAGAAAGAUGGAGUGAAAAUCAUCUCAGUGGGGCUGCAGGAGGCUUCUGAGGAAAACCUGAAGGCCAUGGCAACGUCUCAGUUUCAUUUCAACCUUCAGACAGUCAGAGAUCUCAGCACAUUUUCCCAAAAUAUGACAUGGAUCAUCAAAGAUGUAACCAAGUACAGGGAAGUCAGUGCUGAUGUAAAAGUUCCUUCCACCAUACCCUGCCAGAAAGAUUCACUUGCUGACCUUGUAUUUCUGGUGGAUGGGACACUUGGGACCAGGCAAAAUUUAAAGAACCUUCAGGAAUUUCUGGACAGCACCGCCAGUUCCUUGGAUGUGAAGGACAGCUGUAUGCGGCUGGGACUGAUGAGUUACAGCGAUAGCACAGAGAUUCUUUCUCUUCUGAAAUCGAGUACAAAUCAAUCUGUAUUUCAGCAGCAAGUCAGGAAGCUUUCCCUCCGGGUUGGGAAAUCAAAUGCUGGGGCUGCCAUUGAGCAGAUGAGGAAAGAAGUUUUCUCAGAGGCCAAUGGCAGUAGAAGGGCACAGGGGGUCCCUCAGAUUGCAGUGCUGGUCACCCACAGACCCUCAGAUGAUGAAGUGCGUGAGGCUGCAUUAAACCUUUGGCUGGAGGGUGUAACUGUAUUUGCUCUGAGUGUCCACGGGGCUAACAGUACUCAGCUAGAUGAAAUCACAUCUUACCCUGCAGUACAGAGUGUUUCCACACUGACCUCCUAUGCAGACUUGGUACUUUAUAGCCCCAAAUUUCUGAAAAAGAUCAAGAAUGAAAUAUGGACACAGAUUUCUACUCAUGCUGAACAAAUGGACCUUGAUAAAACUGGCUGUGUGGAUACAAAGGAAGCUGAUAUCUAUUUCCUCAUUGAUGGCUCAAGCAGCAUCCAGAAAAAACAGUUUGAAGAAAUCAAAGAGUUCAUGGCAGCAGUAAUCGGCAUGUUUAGCAUUGGUCCAAACAAAGUCCGAGUUGGAGUCGUGCAGUAUGCAAAUAAGAAUGAAGUGGAAUUUGCUAUCUCUCUCUAUAAUAAUGCCAUUGACCUAAAAAAGGCCGUUUUUAACAUCAGGCAACUACAAGGUGGCACCUUGACUGGGAAAGCCCUGAAUUUCAUACUGCCACUCAUACAGGAAGGAAAAAAGGAUAGGACAAGUGAAGUUCUCUAUUUCCUCAUAGUGCUGACUGAUGGGAAGUCCAAGGACAGUGUCCUGGAGCCUGCAGCAAGACUAAAAGCUGAACAAGUUAUUGUUCAUGCAAUUGGCAUUGGAGAAGCUAACAAAACGCAGCUGCUACAAAUAGCAGGGAAAGAAGACAGGGUUAACUUUGGGCAGAACUUCGAUUCCUUAAAAAGUAUAAAAAAUGACAUUGUUCACAGCAUCUGCACUAAAAAAGGAUGUGAAGACAUGAAGGCUGAUAUCAUGUUCCUUGUGGAUAGUUCUGGAAGUAUAGGAUCUGCAAAUUUUGAGAUAAUGAAAACCUUCAUGAAAAAUCUCUUGACUAAAAUUGAAAUUGGUGCAAACCAAAACCAAAUUGGUGUGGUUCAGUUCAGUAAUUAUAAUAAGGAAGAGUUCCAGCUUAACAGAUACUUUACGACCAAAGAAAUUUCCGAUGCAAUAGAAAGAAUGUCUCCUAUUGACAGUACCACUUUGACAGGAAGUGCAUUAACCUUUACAAGUCAAUAUUUUACCUACCCCAAGGGGGCCCGUCCCCAGGUCAGAAAGUUUCUCAUCCUCAUCACAGAUGGUGAAGCACAGGAUGAUGUGAGAGCUCCUGCAGUUGCUCUUCAGGACAGUGGGGUGAUCAUUUUCUCUGUAGGGGUGUUUGGUGCCAACAGGACUCAGCUGGAAGAGAUCAGUGGGGAUGGAAGCCUCAUUUUCCAUGUUGAGAACUUUGAUCUCCUGAAAGCGAUAGAAAACAAACUCAUCUUUCGUGUGUGUGCUCUGCAUGAUUGUAAAAGGAUUGAACAGUUAGAUGUUGUGUUUGUGCUGGAUCACUCUGGCAGCAUCAGUGCAGAACAGCAAGAAAGCAUGGUCAAUCUGACUAUCCAUUUGGUGAAGAAAGCAGAUGUUGGCAGGGACCGAGUACAGUUUGGAGCGCUCAAAUACUCAGACACUCCCGAGAUUCUUUUCUACCUUAACAAAUACUCUACCAGUUCAGCGAUCAUUGAGAAUCUGAGGAAACGUAGGGCUACUGGAGGGAAUACCUACACUGCCAAAGCUCUCAAACACUCAAGCAUUCUGUUCAGAGAGGAACAUGGCAGCCGCAUCAAGCAAAAUGUGAAGCAGAUGAUGAUCAUCAUCACGGAUGGGGAAUCCCAUGAUCGAAGUGAACUCAAUGACACAGCAUUGCAAUUAAGAGACAAAGGCAUCACCAUCUUUGCAGUGGGUGUAGGAAAGGCCAACCAAGAUGAGCUGGAGAUGAUGGCAGGGCAUAAAGACAACACUAUUCAUGUGGACAAUUUUGACAAACUGAAAGAUAUUUAUAUCUUUCAUAGGAAUGUACUGAUUCAUGAGGAAAGUAAUUUAUUCUUUUUUUCUGUUGCAGCCUGUGACCUUCAGGAAGCUGAUGUGGUUUUCCUCUGUGAUGGCUCUGACUCAGUAUCUGAUACAGCGUUUGUUACCAUGAUGAGUUUCUUGUGAGAUUUAAUCGAUAAUUUUGAAAUUCAGUCUCAAAUGAAAAUUGGGAUGGCUCAAUAUGGGAGCCGCUACCAGGAAAUUAUAGAGUUGAAAAACCAUCUGAAUAAAACCCAGUGGAAGUCAACAAUUCAGACUGUUGCCAAGACCAACGGGCUUCCACAAAUUCACUUAGGCCUUAAACAUGUGGUCCAUAUGUUCGAUCCACCCAUUGGUGGGAGGAAAAAUGCUGGCGUUCCUCAAAUUCUGGUGGUUAUCAUAUUUGGGAAUCCUGCCUAUAAUGUUAUCGAUGCAGUAAAAUCUCUAAAAGACCUUGGAAUUUGUAUCUUGGUUUUGGGCAUUGGCAAAGUUAAUAAAGAACAGCUUCUGCCAAUCUCAGGCAAUUCUAAAAAAAUAAUCACUUUGCAAGACUUUAAUAAAUUAAGGGAUAUGAAUGUGAAAAAUAGAAUGGUUCGUCAAAUCUGCCAGAGCUGUGAGAAAACCAGUUGCUUUGUGGAUGUAGUGGUUGGGUUCAACAUUUCUACUCACCAUCAGGGGCAGCCUUUGUUCCAUGGCCACCCUCGCUUGGAAUCGUACCUGCCAUUCAUCUUACAGGACAUCACCUCCAUCAGGGGAGUGAGCUGUGGGGCAGGUGCAGAGGCACAGGUGAGCCUGGCCUUCAAGGUGAACAGUGAUCGAGAGUUCCCUGCCAAGUUCCAAAUCUACCAGAGAUCACUGUUUGACAGCUUGCUGCAAGUCACUGUCAGCGGCCCAACCCAUCUGAACGUACAGUUCUUGGAGUCAAUGUGGGAUACAUUUGAAGAUAAAUCUGCAUCUCGGGGACAGGUACUGCUGAUCUUUUCAGAUGGUCUCCAAGGUGAAAGCACCACAAUGCUUGAAAAUCAAUCAGACCGUCUGAGAAAAGCAGGACUUGAUGCUCUGCUGGUGGUAGCUCUCAACACAGCUGCUCAUGAUUUUUCCAGCUUUGAAUUUGGAAAAGGAUUUGAUUAUAGGACUCACUUGACCAUUGGAAUGACACAACUAGGCAACAUGCUGUCACAAUACCUGGGAAAUAUUGCAGAGAGGACUUGCUGCUGUACAUUUUGCAAAUGCCCAGGGGUUCUGGGAUCUCAUGGAACCCGAGGACUGCAAGGUCUUAAGGGCUCUUCAGGUCAGAAAGGCAGCAGAGGACACAGGGGAGAAGACGGGGACCCUGGAAGAAGAGGAGCAAUUGGACCCCAAGGAGACAGAGGGAUUGCAGGAUGCUCAGGACAGCAGGGUCAAAAAGGAGCCAAAGGAUUUUCCGGAUAUAAGGGAUUUCAUGGAUUUCCUGGGAAAAAAGGAGAAAAAGGUGAUCCAGGAUCUCAGGGCAACCCAGGUUCCAGAGGUCCCACUGGAAGAGAUGGAGAAAAGGGCUUCCUAGGGGAUCCUGGUAACCCAGGACAAAACAGUAACAUCAAAGGACCAAAGGGCUCCAAAGGAGAACAAGGAAGACAAGGUAGAACUGGACAUAAAGGUACACGAGGCAGUCCUAGCUCCAGAGGAAGAAGGGGAAUGGAAGGCCCCAGAGGGCCUCAGGGGGCCUUGGGGGAACCGGGAAGUCCUGGACCUCGAGGUGCACAGGGAACUGAAGGAUUACAAGGCUCACAGGGGUCAAGUGGAAAUCCUGGCAGGAAAGGAGCAAAAGGAAGCCAGGGACACAAAGGACCUCAGGGUUCUUCUGGGCUAGUGGGACCUAAAGGGAGCAUUGGAAGACCUGGACAUUUGGGGAGAAAGGGGGAAUUUGGAGUUCCUGGAGACUUAGGACCGGAGGGACAACCUGGACAGCGUGGAACGCAGGGAGAUUAUGGCAGCCCAGGCUAUGGUCAUAGAGGACAAAAAGGAGUACAGGGUCCAAGAGGAUUCCCUGGAGAUAGGGGGCAGAAGGGUGAAGUUGGCAGUCCUGGAAUUCCUGGAGAGCUUGGACCCAAAGGAUUUAAGGGAAUAACACUCACUGUAGGCUUGACAGGUGAAAGGGGACAUCAUGGAUUGCAAGGCCCUCCUGGCCGGAAGGGCCCUAAAGGCGUGGCAGGGCAGCCUGUGUUUUCUCAAUGUGAUCUGAUCCAGUUCAUGUGGAACUAUACUUCUUGUUGGAAGGAAAAGUGUCCAGUAUACCCAACAGAGCUGGUUUUUGCCCUGGACCAAUCCUCUGGUGUCACUGAAUGGAGAUUUAAUGAAACAAGAGAAAUCAUCACUUCCAUUGUCGAGGACCUUCACAUCAGGGAAAAUAAUUGUCCUGUGGGAGCGAGAGUUGUUGUGGUCUCCUACAACUCAGACACCAACUAUCUCAUCCGUUCAUCUGACUACCAUAGCAAGAAGCAACUUCUCCAGCUUCUUUCGCAAAUAGAAUACCAAAUCCCCACCGGUGCCCGAGACAUUGGUAAUGCACUAAGGUUCGUAGCCCGCAAUGUUUUCAAGCGGACGUAUACAGGAGCCAACGUGAGGAGAGUUGCUGUGUUUUUCAGCAACGGUCAAGUAGCCAGCAGUUCAUCCAUCUUCACAGCCACCAUGGAGAUGAGUGCCCUGGAUAUCAGUCCGGCAAUUUUUGCUUUUAAUGAAAGAGCUUUCCUUGAUCAAGCUUUUGGGUUUGACAACACUGGAACAUUUCAGGUGAUUCCAAUGCCUUCAUAUAGGGAACAUGAACAUUUAGAAAGACUGCGACGCUGUACACUUUGUUAUGAUAAAUGUUUUCUAAAUACUUGUGCUAAAGAGAUUAUUUUACCUGAAAAUUCAUACAUGGAUGUAGCCUUCCUUUUGGACAAUUCUCGAAAUGUAGCAAAAGGUGAUUUUAAGGCUAUGAAAAACUUUUUGAUUUCGGUGAUCGACAACUUUGACAUUGCUUCAAACCCUGCAGUCUCGGAGUCUGGUGAUAGGCUUGCCUUGUUGAGCUAUUAUCGGGAUGAUUCAAGGAGAAAGAAGGGUACAGUGAAGACAGAAUUUGAGUUUACAACUUACGACAGCCAAGUACUAAUGAGGAGGCACAUCCAGACUUCCCUCCACCAGCUUAAUGGAGAUGCCACUGUUGGUCAUGGCCUGCUAUGGGCUAUGGAACAUCUCUUCCCAGGAACACCUAACCUAAGAAAAUACAAAGUCAUCUUGGUGGUCUCAGCUGGAGAAAAUCAUGAGACAAAGGAAUUUGUGAAGAAGGUGGCUUUGAGGGCCAAGUGUGAAGGUUAUGUCAUAUUUGUGAUUUCCUUGGGCUCUGAUGACAUGGAGGAGUUAGCCAGUUACCCACUUGAUCACCAUCUGGUACAGCUUGGGAGAGUGCACAAGCCAGAUCUGAAUUAUGUUGUGAAGUUUCUAAAGCCAUUUGUGUACUCAGUCAGAAGAGGAUUCAAUCAGUACCCACCACCCAUGCUGGAGGAUGCCUGCAGGCUCAUCAGUUUAGGAGAAGACGAUCAGACCAGUGGUCUCCAAUUCACUGCUGAGAUACACAAGGUUUCUGCAGACAUGAACAGCCUCAUUAGCCAGAAAUUAAAUUCUGUGAGAGACUCACCUUCUGUAUUAGAGGACAGUGGAGGUGACAACUUGGUUUACAUCCCAGGACAAAUGUUGGAGCCACAUAAACUAGUGAUUAACUAUGAAAAAGAUCAGGAACUUGAGGAAACUGCAAGUUUCAAUUCUGGACAUGAAAAUUAUGGCAGGAAGGAAGAAACAGAUCUGACUUAUGAACCAGGAGAUGCCUCUCUUCAAGAAAAUUACAUGGAUGUAGCCUUCCUUAUAGAUGCUUCCCAAAGAAUAGGACAUGAUGAGUUUAAGGAAGUGAAAGCUUUUAUAGUCUCAGUGCUUGAUUACUUUUAUGUUACCACAGAUCCACUGACCUCCCCCUUAGGAGACAGAGUGGCUGUUCUGACUUACUCUCCCCCAGGCUAUCUGCCCAACACUGAAGAAUGCCCAGUCUAUCUGGAAUUUGAUUUGAUUACUUAUAGUGAUAUAAACCAAAUGAAACAUCAUCUCCAACACUCUCUUCAACAGCUCAAUGGAGAUGUUUUUAUUGGUCAUGCCCUGCAGUGGACAAUCGAUAAUAUCUUUGUGGGAACCCCCAAUCUGAGGAAAAACAAAGUUGUCUUUAUAAUAUCUGCUGGUGAAACCAAUCCUUUAGACAAGGAGAUUUUAAGGAAUGUAUCUCUGAGAGCCAAGUGUCAAGGAUACGCCAUAUUUGUAUUUUCCUUUGGUCCUUUACACAAUGACAAGGAAUUAGAAGAAUUAGCCAGCCACCCCUUGGAUCAUCACUUAGUCCAGCUUGGCCGGACCCACAAGCCAGAUUUGGACUAUAUAAUCAAGUUCAUCAAGCCAUUCGUUCAUUUAAUCAGACGUGCUAUCAACAAAUAUCCCGACAAUGAUCUGAAAGCCAAGUGUGCUAACAUCACCUUUCCCAGCCCAGAGAAUGUUGGCACAGAAAACACUGUGUUACUUAUUCCUGAGGUAUAUGAAAUAGAAACAGAGGACAGUGAGCUGUUUGGUCACCUUGGUUCCCAGGAGCAACAUUUCUUUGAAUUGGGAGAUAACAGUAGUAAUUCUGGGAUUGCUACUGAUUUGACCCAGAAGUCAUACAUGCUCUUUUUGCCUGGGGAAGUGAUGCUGAAUGACAAGGAGGAGGCAUAUUCAAAAGAAAUUAUAGCUCCAGGAAAUGAUAAGCAACAAGGAGAAAAAGAUGAUGAAGAUUGAAGAUGAUCCUAGCAGAAGAGAAAAUAACCCUAUUGGCAUGUAUAAUUCCGAGUUCUAAUGAGAAAAGUAACAUCUGUGACAGUGGUCAGUGGCAGGACUUCUUCAUCAAAACUACUGAAUGAGCAUGCUAAAUUUUGCUCUUGGUCUCAAAUCUGCAGAAAACACUUUCCUGAAUAAACACACCAUCGAACACACCUAAACAAAUGAUUUCAUUUCUCCUGAGAACUUGAAGCAUUAUCUGAAUCUUUUUGGAUUCUGAAUUUUGAUUCUGAAUUUUGAACAAUUUUGAUGAUGUAGCUGCCUAAUGAAGAUUUUGGUGUAAUUUCUAUUACAUAUCUAUCUCAGAUUGAUUUCUUAAGUAAAGAGAAUUUACAAUUAGAAUGUCCUAGGAAUUUUUGAAAACCUAUUUUAGCACUGGAAAUCCAUGUCCAUAUCUUUUGAUAUGGUAUGAUCCCAAUGUUGCUCCCAGCACUAUCUGUAAAACCUAUCAGUCAGUCUGCUGUACCUAUAGUCUAUUCCUUCUGUCUAUCAGACAUCCACAAAAGAAUGGAAUUAAUUCACAGGAAGGAAAAACUUGAAAAGGUACUUUUAUGAACUGCUGCUUUGUGUUGUGAUCAGUUAUUCUGUUUUAGUAUGUUUUGCUUUGCAUAUAUUUUGAUUUUUGCUUCAAGAAAUCAUAGAUAAUAGGAGGUGGGAAGAUAGGCCUUUCUCAAAUGGGAGGAUCAAGAGAUGCAGGGAAGAGAGGAAAAGGGGGAAAGGGGAUGAAAAAAGGAAUUAGGAAGUAUUAUGUACAUGCACCAGAAUUUAAACUAUGUAUUAACACAUGUACUAGAAGUUAUAGAAAUGCAUAAACAUUCUAUAUGGUCAGAGAUGUUCUUGCUACAAUAUAGCAAAGACAAGUCUAACCCAGAAACGUAUUCUAUUUUUAUGUAAUGGUAUUCUAAUUCAAAAUAUAUUUUGAAAAUACAUGAUA